CUGAUAUUAGCCAGGCUUUAGCUAAUGCUACAGGUAUAAUGCAUGCAUCCAACGAAAAACUGUGGCGUUUUUGCUCUUCAUUUUCUCCACAUAUCGUCACACUGUUAAAAUAAUCGUCUAAGUAAUUUUUUUGUCAAAAUGACUCCUCAUGACGCCGGCCACCUAUGUGCUCUAAGCUCUUCUUAAGAUGCAUGUACUGCUUCUCAAAGAGCCAAGGGAUGGAGAGUCUGGACCUGACCCUUACAUUAAGGAGCUGGCAUCACAUGGACAUAAAGCAACCCUAAUUCCUGUGCUGUCUUUUAAGUUUGUCUCCUUAAACACCUUGUCAGAUAAGCUUUUCCAACCAGAAAAACAUGGAGGUCUUAUAUUUACCAGUCCCAGAGCAGUGGAGGCUGUGAGGAUGUGCUUAGAAUCAGAGGAAAGACGAGCAGAAUGGAACAGAUCUGUGAAAGACAAAUGGAACACCAAGUCAAUAUAUGUGGUUGGGAAGGCAACUGCUGCAUUAGUACAAAGUCUGGGUCUGAACCCUCUGGGCGAGGACACAGGGACAGCAGAUGUCCUAUCACGUCUUAUCAUUGAACGAGAGGACACAAAUAUUCCACCACUUUUUUUCCCCUGUGGCUCAAUCAAAAGAGAAGUCUUGCCCACGGCUUUAAGGGAAAAUGGAGUGCCCCUGGAGACGCUGACUGUCUAUCAAACAGCUGAACAUCCCGAUCUGGAGAAAAAUCUGAAGAACUAUUUCACAGAGCAGGGCGCUCCAGCCAGCGUGGCCUUCUUCAGUCCAUCAGGAGUGAAGUUUUGUCUAGAAGUGGUGCGGAGGCUGUCAGGGGAACAGCUGACUCAAAUAAGGUUUGCAGCCAUAGGACCUACGACACAAGACACCAUGACAGCAGAAGGCCUGUGUGUCAGCUGCACUGCAGAAAAGCCAACAGCUGAACACCUGGCUGCAGCAAUAGCCAAAGCUCUACAGUAACCACCCACAGACAGCUCUUAAAUCCAUCCACUUUAUCUUCUUUCUUUCUGUAUAUUCUGUAUCAUUUGUAUGUGUGGUUUAAUUUGUCUGUUUUUACUGUCACCAGUUUUGCAUGUACAUCGGCUAAUUUGCACAGAGAAUAAGUAGCUUUUUGUGAUAAAAGCCUCAGAAAUAUGAGUGAAUAUAUAAUAUUUAUGUUUGUUUAGCUUGCAGAGUCAAUGCAGGGUUUCUUUUUGAAAAUAAAUGUCAAUC